UCCCUUCUCCAAUUGGAAGAGAGAGGCUACCUCCCUCCCCUGCCUCAUUGGUAUGCAGGCAGCGCAGUGUGUGUGUAUGAGGAGAGGGAAGAGAGAGAGAGAUAGAGGUAGCAGCCAGUGCAAUGGGAUAGAGGAGAGCGACGAGGAGGAGGAGAGUGAAUGAGAGCUGCUGGAUCUACCUUGCCUGCGUGCCUGCCUGUCGUCUGCUGAAGCUGGGGUUUACUGCCGCGCCACGCUGCACUGGCACAGAGCAGAGUCACGGCCCAUUUGCACCACCGUCUGCACUCUCAGCACCAACACAGCACCGGUUGUUACUCCACCAGCAAGGGAAACCAGGGACAGAGCUCACCAGGCUCUCUCCAUCAUUAAGGGGGGGACGCAGCAGCUACGAAGGGGACUGACGCUACAAUUUAGGCAGCAGCUGCUACCUCAACCAAAUCCCCCUCCACUUUAUCCCAUCCUUACCAACACCACCGCCACUCCUCUCUUGCUCCUCCCUAUGCCCUUGUCCUCGGCGGCUCCUCUCACCUCCCUGGCCAGUAUAUGGAUAGAAGCUCCCUGUUUCAGCUCAUACAAGAGCAGCUGGACCCAGAAAACACCGGUUUCAUCGCAGUGGAGAACUUCACCAGCUUGGUGGAGCACCAUGAGCUGCAGCUGGACCCGUCCAAGCUGGACAUGCUGUUAGCCCUGGUCCAGAGCAAUGAAGAGGGACAGGUGUGCUACCAGGAGCUCAUCGAGCUGAUGAGCAGUAAGCGCUCCAGCAGUUUCCGACGGGCCAUCGCCAAUGGCCGCCGCACGCUGCAAAGGGAGAUCCUGCUGGACGAGACGGGGUUGGGUCUGUACAAACGUUUUGUUCGCUAUGUGGCCUACGAGAUCCUGCCCUGCGAGACGGACCGACGCUGGUACUUCCACCAGAACCGCCUGUGUCCCCCACCUGUCUUCAUCGCCAUCGUCACCAUCGUACAGAUUAUCGUGUUCAUGUGCUAUGGCAUCAUGCUAAACAAGUGGGUACUGCAGACCUAUCAGCCUGACUUCAUGAAGAGCCCCCUGGUCUACCAUCCCGGCCACCGUGCACAAGUGUGGCGCUUCUUCAGCUACAUGUUCAUGCAUGUUGGUUUGGAGCAGUUGGGGUUCAAUGCUUUACUGCAGCUGAUGAUUGGCGUUCCUUUGGAGAUGGUUCAUGGUAUCUUACGAAUAAGUCUGCUUUACAUGGCAGGAGUGCUGGCUGGCUCGCUGACAGUGUCCAUCACCGACAUGCGCGCUCCAGUGGUGGGGGGCUCCGGGGGGGUCUACGCUCUGUGCUCUGCGCAUCUGGCCAACGUUGUCAUGAACUGGGCCGGGAUGCGGUGUCCAUACAAGCUGCUCCGCAUGAUCCUGGCGCUAGUUUGCAUGAGUUCGGAGGUGGGUCGUGCAGUCUGGCUCCGUUUCUCACCGCCGCUGCCCUCCUCGGGGCCCCAGCCCAGCUUCAUGGCACACCUGUCGGGGGCCGUGGUCGGUAUUAGCAUGGGGCUGCUGAUUCUCCGCAGCUAUGAGGAGAGUCUGCAGAAACAGUGCUCCUGGUGGGUCAUCGUCUUCUCCUUCAUCACCUUCCUCCUCUUCGCCAUCUUCUGGAACAUCUUUGCAUAUGAGCUGCUGGGGGUGCAAAUACCACCUCCUCCCUGAUGAAGGCCCCCCCACAGGCCCUCCUCCACAUACACACUGACUCAAACCCUGCUCAAAACAAAGGUUCCCCUUUGACCAUAGUUAACUUUCCCAUUUCCUCUCAAGUUAGACCCAAAUGAAAUGAUAUGAAAUCAUUCAAAACUAAAAUCGACCAAGAAUCCUUUUUUACAGAUACUUUGCAAAUCAAAGAAAUAUGUCUCUUUUAUUAAAGAGGGAUUAUAGUAGCAACAAGUACAGGUGAAAGUUCCUCAGAUCCAUUUUGAGGAGCAUUAUAUCUUUUUAUAUAUACGUUGAAAUCUCAUCCACAUUACCAGCACUAACCUUUCAGUGAGCAUUUAGCUGCUGUGCUCUUUUUUUCAGAGGCUUUUUGAAAAGCUGUUUCAUCAGUCGUUUCUUUGAGUGCAUCUUUCAUCCGUGUAAAGACCUCAAGUAAGAAGAAUCUAUGAAGAAGAGUUUAUGACACGGCACGUGUCACGUUAAAGGAAGGAAAACAGUAGGAGUGUGUACUGCGGCGGUGACAAUGCAAAACGUAAAGAGAAAUGUACUGUCUUUCAUUAAAGGUCAGAGACCAGGAUCAACUGCAGGGUUUCAGUAUUUUGCUUAAAGGCAAAGCAGAGUAGAUGCCUGAAACCCAAGUCCUUUGGCUGUGCCACAGAUCAGAGGUGCAGAAGAAGAUUUAAAGAAGGAUUUCAGGAAGAGCAUGUUUAUUUCUGGGGGCAGCAAUUUAAAAAGCACUAAUGAAAAAUGAUUGUUGAUAUGAUUUUUUUUAUUUCACAGCCCCGCUGUAACUCACAGGGCUCACUGUGGAGUUUCGCAAAAUUGAUGGAAAUACUAACUGAAAAACUAAACAAACUAAAAGAACGUUUUCUUCAAAAUGAGCUGCUAAGUAGAUGAUAAGACAUCAAUCAAAAUUCUUUGCCCCUGAGUGAAAAUGGAAUAAGAAACCCUUUCCCAGAGCAGUUGCAGGAAGAAUGGAGAAAAAGGUUUUAAAUGCAAGAUUUCAGGCAAAUUUUAUGUGGAUUCUGUCAUCCUCAAGGAGUAAGGACCUUAAGGUUAGAGGCAUCACUGUCAUCUUCACUUCAUGGGGUCCUCAAACCUCAUCGGUUUUCCUAUGUUAUUUCCAUGACAUUAUACCUACACUGUGGAUACAGAAACAUAGUUUGGACAACAUGGACAAGACGUGAAAAUGGGAAAUAAAAGUGACCACGUGACAGGAGAGGAAAGGAAAAGAAAAAGAAGUUUAUGAGAAAAUGACAGCUGAUGUUUUCCUGGAUGGUCAUCACUUAAGCAAGCGAACUCCUCCUGUUGCUGUGUCAAACGCUAACCACCAACUUGCUAGGCGCACCGUGUAAAAUAUGCCAUGUCAUGCUCUAUGGCUCUCAGCGAGACAAGGACACACACACACACACACACACACACACACACACACUUCUCCUCUUUGUCUUUGAGAGCAGCCACUUCCUGAUUCUGUAGGUCAACGUGGACAAACCGAAGAGAAGAAAACCACAAACACACACAAACACACAUACUGGCCUCUGCCUGUUCUCGCUCUGACAGACUGAACUGGGGAGGGCGCGGAUGUGUCAUCACCUGACCUCUGACCUUCGUGUCCCAGAGGGCAUUGGGGUCUCUCUGUCAGGCCCAGUCUAUACCUCAGUUUCUCAUUCUUAGGGACUGUAUACUUUUGUAAAGGAAUGUACCUAUAAUGAAAAAAAAGAGUGUUAUUAAGUUGUCCCCAUUUUUCAUUUGAUAGUGGAUGUGUGUAUAUUGUAUGUUCAUAACCAAGAGUAUAUUUAUUUGUAUUUUUUCCUCUUUGAAGGGGAAAAGAGAGAGUUUCAAAUGGUGCAAAAAUAAUGCUAUGAUUGUUGUUCUUCUGAUAACUCCUGUAUGGCUUUGAUCCUCUGAAAAAUAGUCUAUGAGGCAGAAUCCCCUGGUUUGUUAGAUGACCACCGACGACUCAAGCUCACUUGAUUUUAUAAAUCUUUAGUGCUUUACAAAAUAAGCCAUAGAAAGAACUAAUUCAAAAGGGCAAAAGCAGAGGAAAACAUGUUCUUGUUGGUUUGGAACCUGCUGAUUGGUAGCUUCAGUGAAACUUUAUUUAUUUCUUUGUGUGAUCAAACAUGAUUUCUUCAUUGUGUAUAUUCAACAGGUGAGGUGAAAGAAGACAAACUGUAAGUAAGAGCCUGUGAAACUCUGGACUGUUUGAGAUAUUUUCAUGUAGCUAGACUCAUUUUUACAACUUGUUUGCCAACUGUGUAAAAUUGUAGUCGAUGCACUUUCAUUUUGCGAGUGUUCACAUCUCCAGACUGUCCCCUGCAGUGUGCAGACGCCUCGCAGUAUUUCUGCUUUUGCAAAUAACAAAUUAUGUACAGGGCUUCUGUCAUAUAUUAUCUGCAGAGUGAUUCAAGCUUUUUGGAAAGCUGAGGCGAGGAUAGCAAUUACAUUUACUCAUGCCACAUUCCAUUUUUCAGUCUUUCAAUCAAUAAUUCAUUUGAAUGUCCACUGGCUGCCUCGGGAAAAAAUGUUAUGCAUUUGCCAAUUUUGAUAGUUGGUCAUAAAUACUGUCAGUAGUAACAGAAGACUCUGUGUUAAAUGAAGGAAUCCGUAUCAAAUAGCCAAGAAAAGCCAUUUUCAGAUCAGGCAAUACAUGGUAGUGAUGGAUCCUUGAUGGAAACUCUUGUGUAUACUAGGAAAUAUUAUUGCUUGGGACAGCAAAGAUACAUUGAUGAAUAAUGCAUAAAUACCCUGUUAGUCUAUAAUGAAGAUAAAGAGGAUGCCUGAGAGGAGGUUAAUGUGCCUCUUUAACUUAAGAUUCAUAGGAACCCAGAAGGGUUGUAAAAAGGGCUAGUAAAUGGCUAUGUUUUUGUAGAACACAUUAACUGUGAAUAUUACACAUGCAGGAAGAACAUGUAGGACUUAAAUCGAAGGCUUGUAAAUUCUUGUUGUCCCUAAAACAAACAAAAAAAUGGUACUCAAUUGAGUUCUUCUCAUACAAAGAGAAUUGCCCUGUUUAAUUUGUCAUUUAUACAAGUCUCAGAUAAUAGCAUCAUCAACAGAAGAGAAAAUGAGAAAGAUCUUAAACAACCAGGUGGGGGGAAAAUUUUCAGGAGUAGUUUAUUACUUUUCUGUAAGCCAAAUCUCCUGACCCUGAUCCUGAGCCAACCACAGCACCAACACACCAUCUAAAAAGUCAUCUCCUGUCUGAUAAAAAGCCUCUCCUGCAUACAGACAGCAGCUCAUCUUAAAGGUGAGGAGUGAUAGAGGCCCGACUCACAUCCUCUGGCUAACAGCAUGUGACGGUUUUGGAUUGUGAGGGAUGGAGGGACCGCAGAAACAACAGUGCUGGCACUCUUCACAAAACCUCAGCAGGGCUGCAGAGCAGCGGCGUUCGUGCUUUCCCCAUCCUGUCGCGCUCGCGUCACAACACCCCCAGUGUCAGGAUGAUGCAUGGCUGUUGCGAGGAUACACCAGAGCCCAAAGCUAGAACAUUAACAGGAUAUCUUCUUUUAAUACGUGGAUCUGACAGGCUGCAUGAUGUUAAUUUAAUUGCCAUCUGAGUGACAUAUUUGUUUUCAGCAGUAUAAGGAAGGCAUGCUGACGGAUGGCAUGAGCUGAAUAGGAGCAGACUAUCAAUAACAGGUGAUCCAUCACUUUGGCUGAUCCACAUGCUCCCUUUGAUUGGUUUUGAUACAGUCGUGACUGCGGUACAGGAUGAUGUUAAAAGAUUAGUGCCGACUUAGUUGAGUCUCAUGCAUACAUGAACCCUUGUUGAUGUGACGGUACCCAAAAUACUGUCCAUUUCAGUGCUUGUCUGAUUCAAAAAUGCAGCAUAACUUUCUAGCAGCAUACUUGACAUUUCUCUGACUGCUGUUUCUUAUUUCCUGUUUCUUGUAUUUCGUCAUAAGUGGGCUUUUUUGCACUAUUAUAAUGUAGUUAACUGACAUGUUGGCGUGUGCCAUAUUCUCCACUGCCAUAAACAUUCUUUCAUGCUUUUUUACCUCGCUAUGCCAAUCCAUUGUGCUGUUAUGCCCAAUGCCUUGUUAUAGUAUAUAAGCCCAUGAGACUGAGCACCGGGCAGAAAGGCUGCUUUGCUCUUAGCUGUAUGGUAUAAUCUACAUGAUCAUGCACAGAAUCCAUAAAAGAAAGAAGCCGCAGUGCAAACAACGGAAGUUGUUAAUAUAUCCAGUAGCUGCUCUGAACUGCUGCUUGCCAACUAGCCGGCCAGGUUGCCUUUUCUUAGUGUUUAUUGCUACUAAGAUAUAUAUGAGUAAGUCUCACUGCAGGACUGUGCAGGUAAAGCAGGCUACUGUAGCUCCAGAGAUGGAACUGUACUUACAACAACAGUCACUGGAUGCUCACCAGUGCAUAAAGUUACACUUGUAGUGUUUUACUGAAGAUGUUGAAACCUGAAAUGCUGGUUUAGGGGUUCUUGGGCCCCAAAAGUACAGACAUUUGGCUUUAGCUCCCAAAUUAUCCUGGAUUUUGAUCUGUUAAAAUGUGUAAAACAGGGUCCGAUUUUACAUUUGUGUUAAUGAGCCGGUAAAAUUUCACAAAAUAAACUGGCUGGGACACAAAACUGCAGUGCAGACUAAACAUGCAUCUGUGAAUCCCAAUGCUUGCAAGUUGUCAUAGUUCAACAAUUUAUCAAACUAUCCAUUAUGCUAAGAAUUUAAAGUCUACAGUAUUGACCUUUAAAUGAGGAAUGGCACUGAACGUUCUGGUUUUCAAGUGGAUUAGUGAACACUGAUUUUUGUCUACCACAGCUAGAAACAAGGGUUUCUCUCUGGACAUGAAGGUCUAUUUUCUGGUUUGUAACAGAGAACAUUGCUAAAGUCUUUGGUUUCUAGCUUUGGUACAGAUUCUUUUCAUGUUCAUAAAUACUGCCUGAGCCACUCAAGGUCAUGCAAAUAUCCCAGGUGGUUUCUUUAAAAUCAGAGUCGUUUCCCUCCAACGAUUUAGAAUAAAAAAGUCAUAUGUGUGCUGCUGUGGUAGUUUUUCCUGAGCUGCUUACUUGUAUCGAUAAAAUGGUGCCAAGCUUACGAGGUUCAAUCUCUCAGACCAGACAAGAGGUUGUACCAACACAGCGUUUACAAAAAGAAUAAGCAGAAGAAGCUAUUUUUCUCUCGGUCAUGAGGAAACUAAAGGAAAACUAAAUUUACAUAUGGAUAAUUUAUAUUAAAGUCCUCAUUAAUUAUUUCACAAUCUAUUGUACUUUUUAAAUGUUCUGAACGGAACCAUUUUAUAUUGUAUAUAUAUGAAUAUAUUUUGUUUUAUUUUGUACUGUUCAUUGUACUUUGCUUUAAUUUAGAAACAAUAUAAAUAAAGAACAAUACUGUGGCAACAUC